AUGUCCGACAACGAGAACGGCGACGAGCUCGUCACCAAGCCCUUCAAGUUUGUUACUGCCGGCUUCGAUGCCCGCUUUCCCAACCAGAACCAGACCAAGCACUGCUGGCAGAACUAUGUCGACCAUCACAAGUGCAUUAUCGCCAAAGGCGAGGACUUUGCGCCGUGCCGCCAGUUCAUGCUGGCCUACAAGUCCCUUUGCCCUAGCGGCUGGACAUCGCGAUGGGAUGAUCAGCGCGAGAACGGCAAUUUCCCAGUCAACCUGAACCAGUAG